CUAAUGAAAUUACGAAGGUAAUCGCGAUGGGUUUCUCGAUGGACAGAACGUUUCCUUCGGUCGGAAGAAGAUGUACCGUAGCUUUCGAUUCGCGAUCGUGGCCGUACUUUGGUGGGCGAUCUCGAACAAGGGCGAAAGCAACGUGGUGCGAAACGAGGAUAUCUGCGGCGUCCAGAACGGCCGGCGACUGUACCUAGAAUUAGGCGAGAAGGGGAUCCUGUAUGCGAAGAACGUGUCGUUCGUGAGGAACGAGCCUAGGCAAGAUGGGUCGCGGGUGUACGCCAGUAAUGGGUCUCAUGCUCAGUGCAGUUUCGAGUUGGUGACAUGUCCGUCGUGCGUGAUAAUCGUGACGUUCCAGAGCAUCUCGCUGUCGCACCACUGCGGUGAUGGCAGCGUCACGAUUGACAGUCCGUGCAGGUGCGACUACGUGUGGAUAUCGGAACCGCCGUACGAGGACGUGUCCGGAACCCCGUUCUGCGGUUUGUACGCGCCCAUCACCUACAGGUCGAGCACCAGAACGUUGUCCAUCACCUUACUGUACAGUCAGUCGCACGAGCACGCGUUCACGCUCGAGUACACGGCGGAAAGAAACAGGCUGCAUCUGAGGGGUACGCAAUUGACGACCUCCGGUCAAGUGGCGAAGGGACUGAACAGUACCGGUGGAGGGAUUUUAACCUCUCCGUUCUUUCCUGUUCGGUACCCGCGCGAUCUGGGCCUGGAGUAUGUGGUCACGUGUCCGAACGACGCGCCGUCUUGUCGCAUCAGACUGCUGUUUAGCGAUUUUCAGCUCGCUGCGGUAUCCAUUAUGGAGUUUUACGAUUGGAACGGUCAGCGAUUAGACGUGAGCAGUGGCGCCAGGUUUCGACCACCGGUAAUAAUGAGCUCCGGCCCCUCGCUGCUGAUACGGUUCUACGCUAACGGAGGCACCGGGUUAGGCUACAAGGCUUUCUAUUCCUUCGUGAUCGGUCACCCGCUCGACAAGUCGGUGCAGCCGAUAACAGAUUGCGGCGGCUACGUGGAGAACCUCGGUGGAGCGAUCACCAUGAUGGAUAUGGUCGGCGAAGGGGUGAAGACCUACGACUGCGUCUGGCUGAUUCGGCCACCGAAGAACUUUCUUCACACGAAGACGCAUAUGUACCUCAAAGUGAUCACCUUCGCGGACAUGGCUGGCAACACGGAGCUGGUGGUGAAGCAGGGACCAACCUCGGCUCUCCUACCCCUGGAGAUUUUACGACACCCGGCAAGUCAGAUACAACCACCAGGUCAUAGAGAACAUGUAGCACCCGUAACCAGUGGUUUUCAUGUCAGUCUUCGGGGCACGUUCGGACCGUCCUCGCGUUUAGCGAUCGCGUACGCGGCUUUCAGCUACAUGGAUUGCUUCGCGGGUUCCGAGUUUCUCUGUCGGAACCACAGAUGCAUCCCGAGCGAGCUGAACUGCGACGGGUUCGAUCACUGUGGCGACGACAGCGACGAGCCGGCCACUUGCUUUCGAGACUGGGAAGUGGAACCGCGGGAUCGCAAGUGGCACUCGAACAAGGCAAACUAUUAUUUCCCAAAGAUCGACCGAUACCCGGACUUAAAGACCGCCACGCUGGUGUUCGUGGCGAGUAGCCUCGGUCUGAUCGUGCUGAUCUCGGCCCUGAUCAUCCUGCUGUAUAGAAUAGGCGCCAGGGCGAGGCAGCAGAGGGAGUUACAGUCCAGGCUGCAGACGAUCAGCGAGCUGCUAGUAUUCGAUAUUGCAGACGGGGCACGAAUAGACGAGAUCUCCGUAUCGGACGACCCUCCUGUCUACGAGGCUCCGCCAGGGUACGACGAGGUGAUCAAGUUUGGACUCGACUCGGAGAUGGUCGCUCGGAAAAAGAGGAGAGCCUUCUCACGAGACACUCGCGAUCGAAACUCACCCGGUUGCAGCUGCUCGUUGGACGUUGGUCGAUCAUCCUCCUGUUCGAUCAGCGAGAUGGCGGGUACCAGUCACGGGAAUCGCAGGGAUCGCCUCCCGGAGAGCCCACCUCCUCCUUACGUCACUCCUCCGGGGUCCAUGUGCCGCCACUUCGGCGCAUGCAACUUCCCCACUGUUUCGACUACCGCGGAAGAGAGCACUCAGCAGGAAGAAGCAGGGGAAGUAAAAGGAAACGUAGAAGAGGGUGAACGAGAACGGUGUCCACUAGCCCGACAGUCGUCGGCGUCGUCGUUAACCGGAAGUGGAGGAUCAAUGGCUAGAGGCGAGCCGAACCGAGACUCGUUCUCGAUCGACGCAGAACUUCUCGGUGCGUAUCCGCAGAACCGAGACGCUUCGAGCUCGAACCGAACAGGCGAUGCCUCGUGUGAUUCGCAGCCGAGGACAUCGCGCGUUGCAUCGAUCGACACCGAGGCUUGCGACGAGGCAGGAGACGAAGGCGGACCUACGGCAGUCGAAGCGACCACGUCAGCAACAGAGUCACGAACCGACCCAACGCCCGCGCAAAUCGCAGAGGACGACGCUGAGUCCUGCGACUCCUUCCCGACGACUACCACUCGUUCCGGAUGUUCUUGCGAAGGAGCCUGCGGUUGCGCGACGGUUCGUGCAGCGUCGCCCGAGGAGCAAACCAAUUCACCUGCACGACCGUUCCGUCGAUCGUACAUCGAGCGGACCGAGCGCGAAGAGAAAGGACAAAGUAGUCGAAACGCGACCGAGGAGACAGAGAAAAAGGAAGAAGAGAAAGAAGAGGAGGAGAGCUGCGCCCGGUCGGUGAGCGCCAUCAUCAGGCUAUUCGGCGCCAGGGCAGGAAGACGACAGACCGGAAGCGGACCUUCAACCGCAACGUCCACACCGUGCUCCGGCACGGUCAGGAGACCCGCAAGCAAAUUCCCAGUUUACUCACGCGACAACUACAUCGGCAGAAUGUCCUCCGGGUCGACGAGCAGCUACGAGAAGCUGAACAAUCGCGAGUUCGAGUUGGAGCUUGAGUUAGAGCGCGACCGCUGCACGCGCCGAAGCAUGCGGGCCUCCGACCCGACCGCGGUCGGAGCUUCUCGCUGCGAGCGACGGCGCGGACGGCGAUACUCCAGCUGCGACCUAGAGAGCCUCUGCGAGGGAAUAAAGGUUCUGGACGGAUUCCUGGCGCGGAGGGGCCUGACGAUGGCGCAUGGCCGCAAGCAAUCCGUGACGGUGAUGCUGUUCGGCACUCCGGAGCACGGGACCAUCCGUCGACGCAUGGCCGGCGAAGAGGAACCAGCCCGACAGAUCGGUCGCGUGUCCCGCUUCAGCCUGGACGCCAUUUCGAACUGACUCGGGAAGGAAAGAAAAC